UAAUCUGCCUGUGAGCAGCAGAUAGAUUCUCAUUGUUUGCCAUUUCCAGUUUCCAGUAAUGGGAACGAUUACUUGAUCUAGCCAGUCUCUGUUGAAGAUCUGGGAAAACUUACAAAUUUUAAUGGCAAAAUUUUAUCUGUUUCCAUAAAACAACAGCAGAAUUUUGUACCUGGUGGCAUCACCUCUAAUGAUGAAUAUUGUUUUAUUUUUGAAUUAAGUGUCUGUUCUUCAGGAACGAGAUGUAUCUUGCUCUUCUGGUGUUUUUCUUGCAGUGUUCAGAACUUUACACUCAGGAGAGAGUUUUUACUUUCAACACAGUUGAAAUCAAGGUUCAACCAUCUGUCAAAGUAAAGAAUGGAGCUCCUAUGUCAAUUGUCUGUCGUGCUGAUAUUAGCAAAAGUACUGAUUUCCAGCUGAAGCAUAAUUUUACAAUUUUUAAGGAUGGCAAGCUUGUGUUCAUGACUGUAUCAAACAAAGGAGAUGCACAGUAUGAAAUACCUAUGGCUAGAUCUUCAGAUACAGGAGAGUAUGAAUGUACUGUGGAAGCAGGUGGAAAGACAAAAUCUAGUAACUCCUUACACGUUUGGGUAACAGGAAUGACCAAGCCAAUCCUGACUGCUGAGAAAAAAGAAGUUUUAGAGGGUGAAGUUGUGAAAUUACGUUGUGAGCUGCCAGAAGAAGUACCUCCUUUACAUUUUCUUUUCCGGAAGAUAAAGAUGAAUUCAACACCUAAAGAAAAACUUGUAUUUGAACCAUACAGAAAUUUUUCUGUAGUGGAAUUUUCUGUUGAAGAGGGAGAUAAUAUUUUACAAUUUGAUUGCUUUGGUAGGAGAAACGUAAAACUCGAAUUUGAAAGCUCAGAAUACAGCAACAAAACACUUGUUACAGUCAGGGAACCAUUUAUAAAGCCCACUCUGAAUGCCAAGCCCUCAAGUAAUAUUACAGAAGGAGACAGAAUACAGUUUGAAUGCUCAACUGUGGUAGCCCGAAUGCAUGACAUUGAAAUCAUACUCCAGAAAAACAGAACAAUACUGAACAGUAUUGUGUACAAGUAUGUACACGAGUACAGUGUACAAGAUGAGAAACUUUUGAAAUACUCGGCAGUAGCUACUCUAGAGGACAGUGGUGAAUACCUGUGUAAGGUGGAGCAAGGGAGAGCAUCUAAAACCACCAAACUGAAUGUUGUUGUGUCAGAGUUAUUCCCCAAGCCAAUAUUGGCUGCUUCAAUGAGUAAGCUGGAUGAAAAUAAAGAAUUAACUUUGAGCUGCAGCAUCAGUGGUUUUCGGAAAGCUAACUUCUCUAUAUUACGGAAAAAUCCAAAUGGAGACAUCUGGUUGAAAAAUUCUAGAAACUUAACAAUGCGAGUUAAUGUGAAUGAUACUGGAUCCUACAUCUGUAAAGCUGAAGUAAAAGGAAUAGUCAAGCAGAGCAGACCUGUAAGGAUAAAUGUGUAUGCUCCAGUCUCCAAGCCAACUCUUUCCGUUGUCAGUGGUUUACCGGAGGUGGUGUUAGGGAAGCCUCUACGGUUAAUUUGUCGCUCAGUGAUGGGAACACCGCCAAUAACAUUCACAUUCUACAAAGGAAAUAAUGAAGUUAAGAAAGUAGUCAUUAAUGAUACAUAUGCUACGUUCUUGGAUGAAAAUAUUAGACCAAAUGACAAAAGAGGAUACAAAUGUGAUGCUAGAAAUAAUCACUCCAGUGGUAUGAAAACUAGCAAUAUUCUAAACAUCACAGUAAUAGUACCAAUCAGGAAUGCCAGCUUGGGCAGUAUUCCAUAUGGAGAAGUGGAGGAUGGCAGUGAGACUGCCUUUCUCUGCUCUGUGAAAGAAGGAUCUUGGCCAAUCCACUUCAGGAUUUUUAGAAAAACUGAUCGUGAUGUCCUUCUAUUUGAAAAAAGUGAAAAUGCAGACAGAGUUGUGUGGCGCAAGGAAGCAAUGAACAGGCAGGACACGGGGACGUAUUACUGCAUGGCUUCUAAUCGAGCUAAUGUGGAUGUGAAAAGCCAUCCAAUAACCAUCAGUGUCAUCUUAGCGGCUUGGCAGAAAGGAAUCAUUGCUGCAUUUGUCCUAAUACCUAUCGCAGGAGCAGCAACUCUCACUUUAUGGUGGUUUUUGUGUAAGAAGAAAAAGGCUAAAGGACCAUCCAUGGAGAUGUCUGGUUCUGCCUUGGCUACAAACUUGACAAGUGAAAAACUGACAAGACAGCAUAAUGAUGGAGAUUACUAUACAGGAUCAAGUUACAUUGAAGAUAGUGAAAAUCACAUGAAAUCAACAGAUGAGAGUAACGGAGCUUUUCAUAAGGCAAACAGAAAAAGAAAAAAAGAAAAAAAAAAAAAAAGAAAAGAAAUUGAUUCUGUGCCAAUACAUUUUCCAGCUCCUGAACAGAAGGGGACUGAAACAGUUUAUAGUGAAAUCAGAAAAAGCUAAUAAUGAUUCUGUGGAAAACAGGCAUUCUAGAAUACAAGGGCAUCCUGAUGCUACUUAGAACAGUCAUCUCAAAGAUCAGCUGGGAGAAGAAAAGAAGCCAAGAUGGAAGAUGUUGCAAAUCUUUCAAAAGCUCUGCAGCACUUAUUUAUGAGUUUGCCAGGCUUUUCUUUUCAAAGUUUAUUUCCUUAGGGGGAACAAUAGAGAUGUUCCUAAAGCAUUUAAUGGAAAAAAUUACAAAUAAAAAUUCUCAUAGGAAAGUGGCUCUAGAAACCAGACCUAGGUUCUCAUCUUUAAUUUCUCCUGCUAAUGCAAUUUUGCCUUUCUAGCCUCCAUCAUGCUCUGAGGAAAUAAAAGGGGAAGCUACAGCUGAGGAAGUACAUUUCUACAGUGCAGUAACUACUGUGAUGCCAGUAGGAUGUAGAAAUGUCUAAGCUUGCUUUAAACUAGCUAACUUGGUUAUGAAUAACACUCUACUGUGGCAGAACAGAGCUCAGCACAGCUUGGCCAGCCAUGAAUGUACUUUGACGUGAUCUUGCAGCUUGUGCUGAGCUCCCUGUGCUGCAGCAGCUGGACUGCUACCAGUCUUGGAGCCAGCUAAUUUAUAGCUCAUUUGGAUGCUACACUGCAAUGAGGGCCUAACGGAAGAGCGAGCUCUGGGCUCUCUAGAAACUUGAAUAACUGUUCGGAGAUUCAGUACUUUACCAAGUGCUUCUAUCAGUAGAGGCACAAAUAUUCUUUAUUCUUUGCUAAAUUGCUUUUCCCCUUUAAAAGUUCUGAUGCUUGUUGGUUAGUUUGGUGUGGUGGUUCUUCAAGGAAUGAUUUUGGAUGAUGCAAAAUACAGGUCUUGAGUGGGUGGAUAUACUGCACCAAAGUCAGUGAGUUUGUACCUGAAAAUCCUGUUACGUAUAAUCCUUAUUCCUUUGAUUUUAGGAGAGAUCUGAAGUCGUACUUGUGUCCAGUUUGUCCAGUAUGGAACUCCAUAGCUAUCCAUUUUCUCUCUAGUAUGAUAAACCACUAACAUGGAUCCAGUUUGGACCUGGAUCUAAUCUUUGCAGCCCGCAUUUAUCUCAGUUGCAUUAGUUUAAAAAAAGAACACAAAACAAAACAGAAAAAGUACUGUCCCCAACCCCUUAACCAGCUGGUCUUUGACACUGCAAUUACUCUCCUUUUCUUACUGCAGAUUAAAUUACUACAAGAUCUGGGCCACAGGUAAGAAGGUUCUCAUUUUAAUUAGAAAACAGUGAAAGAGAGGACAUGGAUUUGUAUAUACAUAUAUAGUUACUGCUUUAAGCAUUACAUCAAAGGUGCAAAACCAGCAAGAAAUACAAAAGGGUUUUAUAUCCUCAUUCCAAAUGUUUAAAUUUUCAAGCUCCAGUUACUGGCCAAUAUCUCUAAUUUAUUGUUCCCUAUGCAAAUGUUGUUUGUAUCAUAAGCCUUUCACAAAUGACUGACUUCAUAGCACUCUUCUGUUGACAAAUGUUCUUUCCAGCAUCCCAGGAGCGUCCAUAAAAUGCAUUAGUAUAAGGAAUGUGAAAAGGUAUUUUAAUAAAGAAAACUCUGAAUUGAA